ACGGGGGAAGGGGAGGGAGGCAUUAUGUGUUAUUGUGUGUGAUUGACACAGCAGGCAGUGGUAUGUCUACAUAUAUAAGAGUGGACACGGGGAUCUCUGCUCAGCAUCCCUGAGACCUCACAAAGUGACUGGAUUCAUCAUGGAAAACAAACGGGUAUUUUUUGACAUAAGUGCGGAUGGGAUUCCUCUUGGCCGUGUAGUGAUGGAGCUCCGGUUUGAUGUUGUGCCAAAGACUGCAGAAAACUUUCUUAAACUUUGCACAGGGGAAGUUGGCUACGGGUACAAGGGCAGCACUUUCCACCGCAUCAUCCCCAGCUUCAUGUGCCAGGGUGGUGACUUCACCAAUCACAAUGGUACAGGGGGUAAGUCAAUUUAUGGUGGCAAGUUUGAAGAUGAGAACUUUAUCCUAAAACACAAUACCCCAGGCAUCCUCUCCAUGGCCAACGCAGGACCCAACAGCAAUGGCUCUCAGUUCUUCAUCUCAACCAUCAAGGCUGACUGGCUGAAUGGAAAACAUGUGGUCUUUGGCCAUGUAGUCGAGGGGAUGGAGGUGAUAAAGAAGAUGGAAAGUUAUGGCUCUAACAGUGGGAAGACCAGUAGGAAGAUUGUUAUCUCUGAAUGUGGCAUUCUAGAUGACACAGCCACCGCUUGACAGCAACGCAUAUAUAGCAUGAACCAACUCAUCAUAUGUUCGUCACAUAUGAUAGUUCAACAAGUAAAGGCUGCCCACAAUAGUAAUGCUUCUGAACCACAUUGCCAACUUUUGCCAUAGCCUAAUCCAUAAGAACAAUGUGUGGCUAGCUCUCAUCGAUUGCUUGGCAAUGCCCACUAUCUAUCAUGGGUGAUGCCCAUUAAUUGAUGUGGCCUUUCAACAAGUCCACUAAAAGAUGUCUAAAUAUAAUGUAAUAGUUGUCAGCUAUACAAAUUGGAGGCAGUUGUUUGUGGCCUAAACCAAUAUUCACGAGAAUGCAGACUAACAAUCACCUAGCAAUGUGUGCCUUAUACUAGUGAUAAUACUAACAGAAUCCUACCUCAUGAAUUAUUGAUCUAGCCUAUAACUGCCCCGUGUGUGGAUAAUGGGUGGACUCCUCUAGUAACCUCUGCACCCAUAGCUGUAGCAAGAGUGUGAGAUGCGGGCUGCAACUUACAAUGACUGAACAUAAAAUUUUGCACCCCAACAUUUACUAUAUAACUGAAGUCAUGUGCGCUGGUCAGCGACUACCUCUGUUUAAUAUUUCUCAUUUUCAGAAGAGAAAUGUAUUUGUCUCAUUGGGUUUUAAUAGACAAUAUAAACUGCAGUAUAGUGUUAUCAUAAGGCCUUUCACGGCAUUUGAUAAUGAGAUGUUAUUACACACAUCAAUAACCACCUGUCCUUAUUGAGAAAGUUUUAUGUUCACCUUAAAGUGCCUCUACCGUUCUGCAAACAUACAUGCCAUUGCUGUGGAAUUUUCAAUUUGCACCUUAAAAUUAAUGAAAAAAGAAUAAAAAAAAUGCUGAAAAAUCCUUGAAAGUGAGUAGUAAUAAUAAUAAUAAUAAUAAUUAUUAUUAUUAUUAUUAUAAUAAUAAUAAUAAUAAUAAUAAUAAGUUAAUCAUCACUCCGUCACUGCCUGCAUUGACAAGUGUGUAUGAACUUGCCGAUACCGGGAACCACCGAUAUCGCUAGGUAGACACAUCGUCUAGUGUGUACCCAGCUAGAGCCGAGAAAUGGCUUGUAACGCUCCUAUAAUGGUCGGCACCAGGAGGUAGCACCUUGUGCGCAGCACAGCCGACCUCCCGAUCCCCAUAGAGGACCCGUUUAUAGCGAUGUGUGAUUUAUAUACAUUUAUUACAUUAAAUAAUGACUAGAUUAAAAAGUAAAUAUAACAUUUCGAAAAAACUCUAUUAUUUUUAAUGCCAUGGUCAAUUACAACAAGUUCAUAAAGCUGCAGUGCCAUCUACUACGUAAUAAUAUCGCUAUACUUUACCAACGUCCAACCCAUUUUUGCAACACAUUAGACAAAACACAAUGUCCAACAGCAACAACAUCAUUCCCUCUAAACACCUUUGAUAAUAGACUGCCUGUGACUUCUUCUAUUCCAAGCAGAGAUCUGGAGGACUUUGCCGUCCCAUUCUCACUAUUUACUGUAUGAGGAGCAACACUCUGCAAGUCUACUGUUUACGUCUGGAAGACCCAGCUCAGGAUCCUUACAUUUAUUUACUGUUUAUUUGAUGUUUGAACUUAUAAAUAAAAAUACAAAGUCUAUAUAUUAAA